AGUAGCAAAGGCGCAAAGCUGAGUUCGAGUUGGAAACAGACGCACCAUCUUCUUCUUCUUCAUCUUCAUCUAGAGGUGUCUUCGGAAAUCAAUGGCUGCACCAGCUAGAGCCCUAAACCCAUUUCACACCUCUACCAAUCACUCUCAAGUGACAUUCAUAACCUCCCUCCUGCAAACCCUAAACCCACAGACACCUAACCCCUCAAACCUGAGCUCAGCCCCUCUUAACCAGUUCUCACCUCACCUAAACCCAACCCUAGUUAUCCAAGUCCUCCACAACCAGACCAAUCCCUACCACGCCCUCUUCUUCUUCAAAUGGGCAUCAAACCCUGACCACAAUCCCAACAACUACUCCCACACCUUCAAAUGCUACUCGGCCAUCACUGACAUCCUCCUCUCCCACUCCCUCUUCUCCUCCGCCUCAUCACUCCUCCAAGAAUCCAAUCACCUCUCUGAUUUUCUGAUCGGCAAGUUCAUCACAGCUCACGGCCGCCGCCGCGGUGUGAGGGCCGCCAUUAAUUGGUUUCACAAGGCGAAAGUGAUUGAGAAUGGGAGGUGCUUGUUUUCUUACAAUGCAAUUCUGGGUGUGUUGGUUAGGGCAAAUAGGAUUGGUUUAGCUGAGUCAAUUUAUGAUCAGAUUUUCAAGGAAGGUCUGGUGAAACCGGAUGCGUCGACUUAUACCAUAAUGAUUAGAGGGUUUUGUAAAGUGGGUGAGAUUGAGAAUGCACAGAAGGUGUUCGAUGAAAUGACUUGUGAGCCGAAUUUGAUUACUUACAAUACUAUGAUUCAUGGGUUCUGCAAGAAGGGUGAGGUUGAUAGCGCGAGGAGAGUUUUGGGUCAGAUGAUGGAGGGUAAGGAUUGCUUGCCUGAUACGGUAACUUAUACAACUUUGAUUGAUGGGUAUAGUAAGAAAGGUGAGUUGGGCGAGGCAAUGAAGUGUAUGGAUGAGAUGGUGAAACAGGCUUGUGAGCCUAAUGUGUUGACUUACAAUGCGGUGAUUCAUGGUUUUUGUUUGAGUGGGAAUGUUAAUGAGGCAAAGAGGAUGAUGACGAGGAUGAGGUUGAAUGGUGUGAAGGAUGAUAUAGCGACGCAUACGAGUAUAUUGAAAGGGCUUUGCAUUGCGGGGAAGGCUGAUGAAGCUGUUGAGCAUCUUAAAGAGAUGGCCAGACUUGGGAUGAAACUGGAUGUGAAAGCGUACGGAAUUGUUGUCAAUGAGUAUUGUAAGAGGAAAGAACCGGAUGGAGCAAUUUUGCUUUUAAUGGAAAUGAGAAUGAGAGGCCUGAAGCCAAGUGUUUCGAGCUUUAAUGCAGUGCUGAGUGUUCUUCUUGAAAAUGGGGAGCUCGAAAGAGCCAUUAAUCUUGUAAAGCAAAUGCCACAAAUGGAUUGCUUUCCCAAUUUCUUUUCAUACAACUCAGUGAUAUGUAGUCUUUGUAAUGUGAGAGGUAGAAUGGGGGAAGUUGAAGGGCUUAUCCAUGACAUGCUUCGAAAUGGUCAUGCCCUUGAUGCCACGCUCUGUAGUUGCUUGGUCAAAGGUUAUUCCGAGGAUGGUGAUUUGAGAAGCGCAAUGCAGGUUUUCUGUGACGCACUUGAUCAGAGGUACAUUAUUAGUUUGGAGAGCUUUUCAGUUUUCGUCAAAGAGUUAUGCGCCAAGGGGAAGGCUGUUGAGGCUGAGAGGAUGUUUGAGGAUAUGUGUAAAAGAUGCAGUGUGGUUCAUAUAGAUAUUUACAGAAAGGUGUUAGAUGAUUAUGUGUGAUUAUGUGGGAAAAGAAUGUAGGGUAAAUGAUGUGACAAAAAGGUACUCGAAGUUCUAUAAGGCAAUUGAGUGAUGAGUGAUUAUGACGGAUUCACUCUUCUCCAAGUUUUAGUCCCAGCACGCUUGGCUAGUUGGCUUAGACAUCUUUUAUAACAGAGAAGGAGAAUCUUUGCCUUUAUGGAUUUCCAAGCGAGCAGUGGGAAGUUAAUUUGCCAGCAGAGGAGGUUCCUCCAGAGCUUCCAGAACCAACACUUGGUAUCAACUUUGCCAGAGAUGGGAUGCAAAAGAUGGAGUGGUUAUCCUUGGUAGCUCUCUACAGUGAUACUUGGUUACUUUCUGUGACAAUGCGCAAUGGAUAUGAUCCGUGUCCUGACUCCUGAAAGAAACAUGUGAGCCGUACCGACUGACCAGAUUGUCACUGCGUCGAAACUGCUUCAAUGGUGGUGAAGUUUUAGGAGUUCCGAUCUUUCAAUCAGUUACAGUUUGCACUAGAAUGGUUUACCAAUCAAUAUUACUUGUUGGUUGAUGAAAUAUAUUAUGACUUGGUUGUAGUAGGACCUAAGAAGUAUUAUCUAGUCGCAUAAUAUGUUUUUCA